AUGGCUCCUCAGGCCAAACCUGUCUUGGUCUUCUUCUGGCUUCUGUCUCUCUGCUCUGUCACUUUGGCUGGAGUUCACCAUGUCUCAUGUUUCCAGCUUGUCUCCCCCCAGGAGGCCCCAGGUCUGCCCAAGCAUUUGAGUGUAGUGAGUGUGAAUGACCUGGUGCUUUCAGCUCACGACAGCAACAUUGGCAGGCCGAUUUCUCGCAACAGCUACAUCCAGGACAGCCAGCGGUUCUGGAGAGCACGCAGUGCUCGAUGCCUGGCUUGGGACUCCUGGGUGGAGACAGAGUACCAGGGACUGGUUCACGAGAUGAAUGCCAGCUCCCCAAAGGCAGAGCCCUACUACAUGCAGGUCCUGAAGACCUGUGAGCUGGAUGAUGCCACUGGUGCUGUCCGAGCCAUCACCAGAUAUUCCCUCAAUGGAGAGGACAUGCUGCAGUACCAGUCCGACCAGAACCGCUGGUUCUCAGUGCACCCGGCAGCCUGGCGAGUGGCGGAGCGCUGGAACCGUGAAGGGGAGACUUUUUCUGUGAUGAACCUCCUCACACCACAGCAAUGCAGGUUCUGGAUCGAAAGGUCUGAGUCAUUCACUGCUCAGAAGACAGCCCAGCCCACAGUGCAUGUGGCCCUUGUCCCAGAGACCCAGGACCGGCCGCGCCGCCUCAUCUGCCACGUAACUGGUUUCUAUCCCCGUGACAUUGAGGUGACCUGGGAGCGUGCGGGCCAGGUGGCCCAGGGGGAGCAGCUGACCAGUGGGAUCUGGCCCAACGGGGACCCCACCUUCCAGAUCCAGGUGUCCAUUGAGCUGGGGCAGGAGGGGAUCGACCCCACAGAGCACGUGUGUGUAGUGAGACACAGCAGCCUGGGGGGCACCCCCAUAAGAGUGACCUGGGAUUCCAAGGCCCUGGGCCAGGCUGCUGUCCUGGCGAUCGUUGCUGGCUGCAUCCUCGCCGCCCUGGGAGUCGGGGUCCUGGGUUGGUACCUGAGGAGGAGGCAAGGGGGCCAGAAGGGACCGUAA